GUUUGCCUUCGCCUCGCUUAUCCACUUUCGCACAGAAACAUGGUUAAUAUGAGUGAGUAGCUUAACACCCUGCAAAUGUGCUUCGUCUAAACUCCUCACAAUUUUAAACAUACGCACGCAGAUAUAGAUAGAGAAAACAGAAGAAGGGCAGGAGGAGGAGCGCUUUCUCUUCCUUUCCUUGCUUUCCAGACUCUGCAAAUCAUAACAAGAAGUUUUCAGUCAUUUCCUUUUCAACACAAACCCUCUGUUUUCAGGUACGACUAUAUGUUCCAGUGAAGAUGAUAAAAAGAGUUGCAACAAGGUCUAGCAUUGUGCUGGUACACUAUUAUACAUGGUAGAUAAAGUGAGUAGCAUCGUCACACAUACUUUGAGGGUUGUGCUUCUUUGUGACCAUUUUGCUCAUAAGAAACCACUAAAUGGAAAUUCUUUAUGUCACUCUCAUGUGGAUAAUAGUGAGAUGGAUGGUAUUGUUAUACGCUUCGUAAUCUCACUACACAUUUAUCUUGUGUAGGGUUUAAAUCUUGUAAUUGUGAAAAAUGGAGUUGUCUUUGCCUUCCUCAUUGCAAAGGAAUUGGCCCAUCAGUUCUCUCAAUUCCAGCUUCCUUCCUCACUAUCCUCCUUGCUUAUUAGGUACGGUCAAGAAGAAUUGUAAAAUCAACAAGAUCUCACAAAAUAUCUAUUUUUCAAUAUCGUGCUCAUCUGUCAAAACUGUCCGUUGUCCUUCACUGGACAGACAUGUCGUGAAGCAGAACAAGAUACGUUUUGUCCAAAAGCUACAAACACUGCUCCUUUCUAAACCAAAAUGCUAUAUUCCAAUUCAUAUUCUUUAUAAAUGUCGAUCCUAUCUUUCCCUAUCAAAGCCACGGUCCAUCCUCUCAAUGAUCCAUCGUUACCCUACCAUUUUCGAACUCUUCUCAAUCCCAACACCUCCCUUGCCAGUCAACGCAACCAAGUCAUUAUCACAACUCUGUGUCCGUCUAACCCCAGCUGCAGCAGCCCUUGCUGCUCAGGAAUUAAGUCUUAAAUCAGCCAUCUCUGACUCUUUGGCCACCAAACUCCAGAAACUUCUUAUGCUCUCAUCUCAUCACCGGCUACUUCUGUCAAAGUUGGUUCAUCUAGCUCCAGAUCUUGGUCUUCCCCCUAAUUUCCGCUCUCGUUUAUGCAAUGACCAUCCAAAUAAAUUCAAGACUAUUGACACCUCCUAUGGCCGUGCACUUGAGCUUGGCUCCUGGGACCAAGACUUGGCAAAGCCUUUAUCAUCUCCUAAAGUUCAAUCGCGUGAGCUAAUAGUAGACCGACCUUUGAAGUUUAACCAGUUGACACUUCGAAAGGGGCUAAAUUUGAAGAGGCGUCACCAAGAUUUUUUGCUCAAGUUUAAAGAAAUUCCAGAUGUGUGCCCGUACAAUACCCCUGUCUUGGACUUGCCUAAAGAGUCAAUUGAGGCAGAGAAGAGAGCUUGUUUGGUGGUGAGAGAAGUGCUAGGAAUGACGGUUGAAAAGAGAACUUUGAUAGACCACUUGACUCAUUUUAGGAAAGAGUUUGUCCUGCCAAACAAAUUGAGAGGGAUGAUCGUGCGGCACCCAGAGUUAUUCUACGUGAGCUUGAAAGGGCAGAGAGAUUCUGUGUUCUUGGUGGAGGGUUUUGAUGAUAAGGGUGCGCUGUUGGAGAAGAAAGAGAGUUUGGUGAUAAAGGAAAAGUUGAUGGAGUUGGUCAGUGAAAGCAAGAGACUAAGAAGAGAGAGGAGGAACGCUCGCAUUAACAACACUGAGAUUGGUGACGCUAGUGAUGAGUUUGAGUAUGAUGACAAUGAUGAUGAUUAUGAUGACGGUUUUCAGAGUUUGUUUGAGUCGGAAGAUUUGUAUUUGGAUGAUGAUGGUGAUGAGAAGGUUGAGACAGUGGACUACAGGGAGAAUGGGCAGUUUUGGACUGUUGAUGCUCAUUCUGUUCUUGGUGGCUGGAAGCAACCUAUGGAACCUUGGUAGCUGAGAAUGUCAAAAAUGUACAUAUCUUACCUGAAAAUAAUCAAAGUGGUGAGGGUAUUAUUUUUGCAGUUAUAUGAAUGCAUGUAAAGAUGAAGUAUUACAAUAUAUCUACAUAUAUAUAAAGCAAAAUGACCCUUAACUUCAAGGUUAAAUUUUCAAAAAUACCUUGGUUAUCAUCAGUUGAAAGAAAUACUAAAGACAUAACAACUUCAUUUUCAAAUAGCAUAAUGGUAAAAAUCAAUUUAUUAAAUAGAAAAUUUUCAGAAGAAAAAUCUGAGGAGAAACCAUUAUUUGCUAGUUGGGCUAAACAUUGCAGGGUUCCUGUGCAACCUGUCUUUUUGGAUCAAAGGAAGGCUCUGUUUUUUAUUAUUUUGUGAAGUUUCGGAGCACCUUUGAACUAUAAUUGCUUCACCGAUGGUAUAACCCUAAUUCUUUCCAGUGCGUUUAAUUAUCGUCGUUGAUGAAAUGGAGCAUUUUUGGUGGAUCACUCUAGAUUUGGUUGUAUCCCUAGUUUAUGCUCCUAAACUGAGGAAUUGGCUUCCGAUGACUACAUAGUACAAGACCUACUGUGUGGACAGAUACGGGUCAAACAUUUAUCAGAUGGUGGCAGAUCAUGGAGGUUUAAUGGAGAAGAUGGGGAGCAAUGUGGGGUGGAGCAGCUAGCCCUGCAGCAAUAUGCUGGGGAAGGAGUAUGGCAGAGUGUUCAUGUAGAGAGUGGCAUUUGAUUCACUAUUUUUGGCCUUCUUAAGUGGGAUGUUAUAUUUUCUGAUAUACCAAAUGUCUUCUGCACCAGAUUUCAGGUUUAGUGACUUUAGAGUUUGCUCAGUAGCAAUGCUUUCUCGAUCAAUGUGAUUUAUUACUCUUGUUGAAGUGAGGGCAUGACGCAAAAUAAGGUGUUUGGUUUAUGCUAAAAGAGUACUUUAGGAUACAAGUUUAUGAGUUCAAUGACAAGGCUGAUAUGAAGUUUGUCGAACAGGAAGAUAAAUAAAGAAGACUGAGAAAGGUGUGAAAAGGGCUAAGAUUUGAAGAAGAAAAUAGGAGAACAAAGGAGGCAAAGGUCUUCUCAUCAAUACACACGACUCUGCUCAUCAAUCGAUUUGGUAAAAAAUGAAAUCCUAUGUUGCAGAUCGCUCCCCUGGAUUUAGAGACUGAUAGAUUUAUGUAGUGAAAAAGAGCCUUAUUUUGAUGGCAUGGCUGAGGAGAUCCUCAUCACUUCAUGGGAAUUUCAUGAGGGAAUAGCAUGUAGUGUAGUUGAUUGUGGCCGGCGUUUGCUUCUACAAUUAGAAGAUAAAUAUUUGCUUAAUGCAGCUUUCACCUUUGAAGAUGGUUGUGUACCAUCUAAAGAAGUUGAUUAAGAAUAUUGAGUAGUUCAUAGUUUAUUUUUCUUAGGUUGGAUCCAAGCUUUUCUGGAGAUUUGGAAAUGAUGUCUGUUUCUUGAGCCGUUGGAUAACAAUUAAAGUUGUAUGUGUGUGUC